AUGUUGUUGGGACACAACAGCAUCGGGAUCCGUGGCGACUACUACAGCCAAGGUCCUGGGCUGCAGGGCAAGGAGUCCUCAUCUGAAGGCUGGGUUUCCCCCCCUCUUUCACCCGCCGCAGUGAGCACCCGAGAGCCCUCGCCGCGGCCGGAGUCGCGUGGGUCAAGCAGCAGCUCCAGCAGCUAUCGGCAAUCGCGCGGGCGAAUGAUCUUCAAUGCCCAGCGAGCGGCAACCCCAGUGCUCCAGGAGCACCUGGGCUCUGAGUUGCCCCAGAGACCUGCCUCACGUGCGGGUACCCCACAAGGCGACGACUGGAGCCGAUCCGACAGAGAGGUGGAGAAGAUUGUCGAAGCUGCGAGAAGAAGGCAAAUCGCGAGCCAACAGGGCCAGCCCGAGGGCAUGGAUCAAUGUAGUGUGCGCUCAAGCCUGAGCUCUCGCCCGAGACCGCACACAGCAAAGGCCGAGGUCCCCCGGCCGCGUGCUGAGGGCCGCAACUGGCGCGGGGUGGAGCGACCACCCCCAACUUCGCUUGACUUCGGGCAGAUUGAUGCCAACCUCUCCAACCUGCAGACUGGGCCAGGUCCGUCAAGAGCACGUCGCUUGGGCUGUGCAGCAGGCCACAGCACCCAGUACUCAUGCAGAUCCGAGGUUUGGUGGCAGAGAAGCCCUGGGGCCGACAGGCGCCGCCAGGGCGACUUCGAGAAGUGCACCCUCCCUUCGCAGCAGCCCACCUGGGAGCGCGAAGUGGGUUACAUCGACUGUGGCUGCUCUGGGGAGGCCUGUGGGCACUGGCCCUCUGGGAGGCCUGGCAAGGCUGGGGACCUCCCACCACUUCCGGGCGCCGAAGGGGGCAAGGCACGAAGCCUGGGGCUCUUCAUGGCGCCGCCGCCGCAGGUCCCGCAGCCCGCAUGGACAAGAAGCUCAGCGUCGUAG